UGAACCGAACUUUUCUUCUUUAAGUAUUGCGGUAGGGAUUUGUGCUUAAUAAAAUGAGAAGGACGGUUUGUUUACCGAAGUAUAGUUGUGUUAAGUAUUGCAGGUUGGAUGUUAUCGGAGAGGUAAUUUAUAGUACUGCGGCAGGGGUGUGUUCUACUAUCAAACAUUUUAGAUCAAAAGGGAGGCAAUACGGUAUAGGAUUGGCUGUAAAACACAUAACAUAAUUAUCAAAACAAUGUCUGGAUCAGGGUGGAAUACCAUUGAUUCCGAUGCAGGAGUUUUCAGUGAAUUAGUUGAAAGGUUAAAUGUCAAAGAUGUUGAAAUUAAUGAUCUUUAUUCGAUUGAUUCUGAUUCAUUAAAACAAUUAGAUCCAGUUUAUGGAGUUAUUUUUCUUUUCAAAUAUGGAAAGAUUGAUCAUCAAUAUGCUUUAGAUGGUAAUAAACCAAUUGAAGGGGAAUAUGAUUAUGAUUAUCCAAUUCGAGAUAUGUUCUUUGCUAAUCAAACUGUUCAAAAUAGUUGUGCUACUCAAGCGGUAUUAAAUAUAUUAUUAAAUAAAGAUAAAGAGAUUGAUAUUGGAGAUGAUUUACGUAAUUUCAAAUCAUUUGUAAAUGGAUUUGAUGGUUAUAUGGUAGGUGAUACUAUUCUUAACAGUGAUAUAAUUCGUACUAUUCAUAAUUCAUUUUCUCCACCUCAAUCUUUAAUUGAUACCGAUAAACCAAGACGUCACCAUAAUUAUACGAAUCAGGAUGAUGGGAUCUUUCAUUUCGUAGGAUAUAUUCAUAAUAAUGGGUAUAUUUAUGAAUUAGAUGGAUUAAAAAAUUGCCCGAUUAGACAUGUUGAAUGUCAAUCUAAUGAAGAAUUUUAUGAAAAAUUACCUGGAGUAAUUCAAAAAAGAAUAAGUCAUUUUGGAAAUGAAUUAAGAUUUUCAUUAUUAGCUGUUACUGAUAAUAAAUUAUUAAGAGCUCAACGAUUAAAUCAAGAAUUUGAAAUACAUACUCAAUUAAUGAAACGUGAAACUUGGAAAUAUGAAAAUGAAUUAAGACGACAAGAUUAUACUGGUUUGGUUAUGAGAUUAUUGAUUAAUAUUAGUAAAGAAAAGAAUGAUGAUGAAUGGGAAAAAAUGUUAGUAAGUGCUAGAGAGAAAACUAUACAAAGAGUUGAUGCAGGGGAAUAUAAUGAGAGAUCUCACUAUCUUGAUGCUGAUACUUCAGAUGAAUAUAAUAUAUAGAUAAGUAUAUAA